UCCUCUCCCCUCCCCGGCCCAGCGGAGCCGGCAGCCGCGGAUGCCCCGGCAGGGCCUGCCCAUGGAUGCCAGCAAGAAGGUGGAUCUGAAGAUCAUCAUCAUCGGAGCUCUGGGCGUGGGCAAGACCUCUCUGCUGCACCAGUACGUGCACAAGACGUUCUACGAGGAUUACCGCACCACGCUGGGCGCCAGCAUCCUCACCAAGGUCCUGGCUGUGGACAACACCCCCCUGAAGCUGCAGAUCUGGGACACGGGCGGACAGGAGCGAUUCCGGUCCAUGGUGUCGACCUUUUACAAAGGCUCGGACGGCUGCAUGCUGGCCUUCGACGUGACGGACAGGGAGUCCUUCGAGGCCCUGGAUAACUGGAGAGAUGAUUUCCUGGAGAAGGUCAUUCCCAGGGAACAGGAUUUCCCCAUGGUCGUGCUGGGGAACAAGAUUGACCUCAGUGACCGGCAGGUGCCCAAGGAAACGGCCUCAGCCUGGUGCAAGGAGAAGGACAUCCCGUAUUUCGAGGUCAGCGCCAAGAACAACAUCAACGUGGCCGAGGCUUUUGAGACGCUGGCGAAGCAGGCGCUGAGCACGUAUAAAGGGAUUUUUGAGAGUUAUUUAACCGACUCCAUCAAGCUCACUCCCAACGACAAGCCCAAGCAGAGCUGCUGCUGACCCCGGGGCCACUGGACCCCCUCGAUGCCCACGGCUGGAGCCCUGCCCGGGGGUCCGAGCCCCCUGCCCACCCCGGCCUGGCCACGGGGACCGGCUGGACACAGCAGGACCUGCACAUCCAGGGAUUUGCUGCUUCCCACGGCUCUGGAGCUGCUGUCCCGAGCCUCCCAAAGCCUGGGUGUCACGGUGUCCCAAAGCCUGGGUGUCACAGUGUCCCAAAGGCCUGGGUGUCACGGUGGCCCAAUGGCCUGGGUGUCACAGUGUCCCAAAGCCUGGGUGUCACGGUGGCCCAAAGCCUGGGUGUCACGGUGGCCCAAUGGCCUGGGUGUCACGGUGUCCCAUUGUCUGGGUGUCACGGUGUCCCAAUGUCUGGGUGUCACGGUGGCCCUGUCCCUGCUGGGUGUGCUGCCGUCGGGCUCCCGAUGUCCCUGCGGUGACAGUGCCAGGGAUGUGGGCACAGCUCCUUGGCGUGACCCUGCCCGGUACACGGCCUGGUGGCCCCACAGCUCUCAGGGUGGGCACGGGCUGGCCUGGAGGGGACAUUUGGGGCUGGUGGCCUUGGCACAGGGCCCUUCUGUGGAGGCAACGAUUCCGUGCCUCAGUUUCCCCUCCUCUCACACAUAUCCCCCAUCAAACACCUUCCCCCCCUCCCUCCUCACUGGGGAGGAUUCUCAAAAAAAGCACUUUGUCAGGGGUUCUCUCUUUUUUUAAAAAACA